CGACUGAUUGUAAUGUAACGUUUACAAAUUGGAUUUAUAAGUAAAGAAGUACUAACAAAAUAGUUCUGUCGCAUUUAUUAUUGAUUUUAACAGAUAUUUUUUUGCUUUAUUUUUAUCGUGUAAGUCUGUUCUAUUGAACUCCGCAGAUUGCGCAACAUUUACGUUGUUUACCGUAAGAGGAACCAAAGACUGUAGGAACUAGCAUAGCGUGUUUUUUUCAAGAAACCAUAAUGGCGCCUUACCAAAACGCGCAGGCUUCACGGUGAAAAUAUGGAUACAAAACCGUCGAAAUGAUCCGCCACAUUCACGUAACGGCUGUUUUUAUACUGGUAAUCGAGAGUACAUUCGGCCUUGAGCCGCCUCAGGAUGUUAAGAUGGUCGAAUCAGAUCUGCUGUGGAAGCCUCCCAGCGAUGACCAAGUGCUGUAUUCCCUGCAGUACAAACUUAACUUCAAAUCAGAGGAUGAAUGGCUCAAUGUGUCGAGCCAUAUUGGAACAAAAUUAAAAAGUUUUAAAAUCACCCCUGAAUUUUAUGGGGCAGUGUUUCGAGUGCGCUCAGAGAAAGAAAACCACAUCUCAGAAUGGCAGUAUUCAAAUCCGGUCCAGUGUGUAAAUGUGAAGUCUUGUGUUCCGGUGAUAAAUCUGAAUGUAAAACCUGAAAUAGUUUAUCUGACUAUGACACACAUGGACGAGAGCUUGGAGGAAGAAUAUGGAAUUAAUGUUGAAUUUAAUGUAUCAUACUGGAAAAAAGAUAACAGAGGAUACCCUGAGGUACGGUCUAUUAUUAUUCACAAGAAUGAAGACAUUGAUAAUCUGGAACCAGGGCAAAUCUACUGUUUCCAGGCUGAAUAUUUGCUUUUUGAGAAUCCGUACGGAAAUCCUAGCAAGGAAAAAUGUGAAAUCAUCCCAGAAAGACCUGAAGCAGUAAAGAGACGUGUUUUUCUCUAUAGUAUAUUAGCCACACUUUCUGUUUCGGCCAUGUGUGGUGUCUGCAUUUUUGUACUUUUCAAACACCACAAAAAGGUUAAAGAGUUAUUACAGCCACUCCAUCUGGAAAUACCUGACCACUAUCUAGAGGUUUUAUAUAAUGGGUUUCCUCUGGAAGCAUGUCCAAGUCCCAGCAGUCAGAGUUUACGGUCAUAUGACAUGAUCACAGUAAUGGAGAACAGCAAUGUGGAACAGAAUUGCCAAAAGGAGGAACAAGAGAAAAGAUAUCUGACUUAAAGAUUGUGAUUGUCUUAGUUUAUUUACAUGUUUUUCUUUGAUUAUUUUUAUUUUCAAUUAACAUACUUUGCACAUCACUAACAAGCUUACAAAUUCAGAUCUGUCUUGUAUAAAUUCAACAGGAAACAGUUACAUGAGCAUUAGCGUUAAUUUUGUUUUAGUGUUUAUUUGGGCUAUUUGGUUUAGAUUAGAUGGUAAUGAUUGACAAUUCUAGCACUUUUAACACUAAAUCUAAAAAUCACUGUUUGUUGCCACAGUUUUAGGAAACUGUAUUAACUAUCUGCACUUAAGCUGCAUAAAUAUCUAUGAUGGGGUAUCUAGGGAUUCAGCUUGAGAGAAUAACUAAAUUCUGACCAUCAGCAUUUAAAUAACAUAAGAAAUCUUCAAAUCACUGUAAUAUAUUUUAGUUGUUUUUGUUUGGCCAUAACAGUGACUUGCUGCUCCAUUUGACCUUUGUGAUAUUCUUUCGCUGUUACAACUCAACUACUGUUACAACGCAAGUUUUGCAUAAGAGUUACUUUAAUAUAUCAAAGUUCCCUUUAAAUAGCUGUACACAUUUGGUCUUCCCUCAGAACAUAUUUUUUUGUAUAUGGCCCUCAUUAUUUAAAUAUGGUAUUUCAGUUUUAUAUAUUUUUAAAUUGCAUUUUGAAUGUCUUUUUUUUGUGAAAUUCAUUUGGAAAUUUUGAAGCACUUCAUACAGCAAAUAUCUACACUGAUAAUGGAUAAAUUAUUAGUUAAUUUGGGAAAGUAGAGUCUUUGUUAGAGUUCACUUUAAUUACAUGUUCAAUUGGGCUGCUUUUGAUAAAUGUGCACUUGUUUGUAUUUUAUGUUCUCAUAGAUACGUUUUGGUAAGUGCCUACCUUUUGUGAUAGUGGCCAUUUAACAUGCAUUACCAUGUAUUGUAACUGUGAGCUAAAUAUUUUUUAUACUGUAAAUAAAUGUAAUUUUGAUUAAUGGCUUUAAUAUAAUCGAUGAACAUUGGAGAUUUGAAACUACUGCUAAACUCUCAAUAUAUUCCUAUUUGAGAAAUUAGACAUCUUUGUUUUUGUGAAUGGUCUGUGAAAUGGUCCUUAGCUGUUCGUUUUUUUUUCUUUCUUGUUUUGAUUUAUAUAGGUUAUCUUCUUGUAUGAACCUGCUCAAGACAAUAUGUGCAUACAUUCUGAAGUAUGUGCUACAAAAGAAAUAAAAAAGGACAAAGAA